UCCGCCCGCCCCGCCCCUCGGCCGCCAGCACCGCCUCCCCCGCCCGGCGCCAUGGCCGCUGCGGCCGGGGACGGCGCGGUGAAGCCGCUGCAGUGCGCCAUGAAACUAGCCAACGGGGCCAUCGAACUGGACACCGGCAACCAGCCCCGGGAGGCAUAUACAGAAUACCUGAGGAGCAUCCACUAUAUCUCCCAGGUGCUGCUGGAAGAAGUGGAAACCACCAAAGAAGCUGGGCAGCCCGUGCCCCUGGAGACCGUGAAGAUGCUGAAGCUGGCAGAGCAGUGUCUGGAGAGGGCCCAGUCGACCGCGGCCAAGCUUGGGAAAGCCUGCCCGAAGCCAGCCGAGCCCGUGGCUGCGGCUGCGCCCUCACCUACCAGCCGGCACCGCCGGGUGUACUCGGACGAGGGGGGGAAGCUCCUUCCAUUUCUGCCGCCUGAGAUGUUCCAGAGGCUCCAGGUGGUGGAGGCGCAAAGCUCGAAGAAGGAGCUGACGCCUCUGGAGGAGGCCUCCCUGCAGAACCAGAAGCUGAAGGCUGCCUACGAGGCCCGGAUGGCCCGCCUGGACGCCAGCCAGGCCCUGCAGAAGACAUCGCUGACCCUGUCCCUGCAGCGGCAGAUGAUGGAGAACCUGGUGAUCGCCAGAGCCCGGGAGGAGACCCUGCAGAGGAAGAUGGAGGAGCGCAGGCUGCGGCUCCAGGAGGCCGCCAACAGGAGGUUCUGCAGCCAGGUGGCCCUGACGCCGGAGGAGCGGGAGCAGCGGGCGCUCUACGCCGCCAUCCUCGAGUACGACCAAGACCACGACUGGCCGAAGCACUGGAGGGCCAAGCUCAAGAGGAACCCUGGGGACCUUUCCCUGGUGACCAGCCUGGUGUCACACCUGCUCAGCGUUCCGGACCACCCCAUCUCGCAGCUGCUGAAGAAGCUCCAGUGUGCCGUGUACCGGGCCCUGUACCCCAUCGUGAGCAGGGGCGCCGUGGCUGCCUCAGCGCCCGGCUGCUGCUCCCUGCCCCCCGACGCCGACGGGCUGCUGGCGCCCGGAAGCCGGCGGCUGCGGCCCUCGCAGAGCCUCUACUGCAUGCUGUCCCCUCUGGAGCCCACCCCGGCCCCACAGCCCCCUGACGGCCCCCCAGCCAGUCCCCCCGCACCUCCACUCCAGCCUGGGCUCCCCGACGGAGGGGUGGGCAAGGACAGCUCCUUCGAGGACCUGGAACAGUUCUUGACCACGUCUGAGAGGCGGGGCCAGGGCCCCGGGGGGCGGCCUGAGCCCCAGACCUCAGGGGUGAAGGAGGAGCCCUUGCUGGCACAGCUGAGGCGCACGGUGAAGGACAUUCACAACGCCAUCGACAGGCUGCUCUCGCUGACCCUCCUGGCUUUCGAAGGCCUGAACACGGCCGUCUGCAAGGACCGCUGCCUGGCCUGCAUCGAGGAGCCCUUCUUCUCCCCGCUCUGGCCCCUGCUGCUGGCCCUCUACAGGAGCGUGCACCGCACCCAGGAGGCGGCGCUGAGCAGGAGCAUGGAGCUCUACAGGAACGCCCCGCCUGCCGCCCUCGGCAUCCCCGGCCAGCUGCUCCCCCAGGGCCCCACGAGCCCGGGGGCCAGUGCCUACCCCUACCGGGCCGCAGCCCAGGAGCUGGGGCUGCUGGUCCUGGAGAGCUGCCCCCAGAAGAAGCUGGAGUGCAUCGUGCGGGCCCUGCGGGCCAUCUGUGCCUGUGCCGAGGGCUACCACCGGGCCCAGGAGCCGGCCCCCGGGGCCGGAGCAGCGCCCAGCGCGGCCGCCAUUGGUGCCGACGACCUCCUGCCCAUCCUGUCCUUCGUGGUGCUCAGGAGCGGGCUCCCCCAGCUGGUGUCGGAGUGCGCGGCGCUGGAGGAGUUCGUCCACGAGGGGUAUCUGAUUGGAGAGGGAGGCUACUGCCUGACGUCACUGCAGAGCGCCCUGAGCUACCUGGAGCAGCUGCCCCGGGGGGCCCUGGGCCGGGAGAGGAGGAGGGCCCCCGCCGAGGACUGUCCGGGCACCACCUGCACCGGGACUCUGCAGCUGUUGCCCCUUCCCUGACCCGACCUCUGUCCCCAGGCUGCUCCUGGCAGGACGGGGCUCAGCUGGGCCAGCUCCCAGGAAGCCGGCGCUUCCCUUCCCUGCCCACGGCCUGAGCGGCUGGGCUGGGAGCCGGAGGGGCGGGCUCCCCUGGGGGCACGAGGGCGCAGCCAGGGCGGGGGGCCUUGCGUCCCCUGGGGCGGCUCCCUGGGCCAGCUCCCUGUCUGAGUCCCAAGGAGAGCUUGUCCUUGUCGGCCCUCUGCCCUGGAGGACUGGGACCCGGGUGGUUUGAGACUGUACUGUUUAUUUAUUGGGCACUGACCACUCCCCCGCCCCCUGGGGGCCCAGGCGCCCCGGGGGCACUCGCCGUGUCUGGGGCCCCUGAGCCACACCCCCACCCUGGGCUGGGGUGUCACACGCCCUGCGGCAGGGUCCUGCCCCCCGUACAUCCUUUUCUGAGUUGGUGCAAACCUGGGGGGUCAGUGCCUGCCUGCAGCCCACAGCCUGGCCUGGCUCUCUGUGUCCCCAGCAGCCACUGAGCUGGCUGUAAA